CGAAAAGUACGAGGCCUUAAUUCUCUCUCUAUCUCGGAGUGCUGUUUUUUCUCUUCGAGUUAUCACACUACAACGAAACCCUAGCUCCCUUCUCCAUAUCCGAAACAGAGAAAUCUCCGGCGAAGAUGGCAGGUGGCCUGGAUAUGUCACUCGACGAUCUAAUCAAAUCUAAUCGAAAACCAACGGGAUCUCGCGGGCGAGGCAACGGUGGUUCUAGUAGCGGUGGUCGCGGAUUCGGCGGUGGCUCGGGUCCGUCUCGAAGAUUUUCUAACAGAGUAGGGAACAGAACGGCGCCGUAUUCAAGGCCGUUACAACAACAACAAGCUCUAGAUCCGAUGUGGCAAAACGACGUUUUCGCUACUGACGCGAGUGUGGCGGCGGCUUUUGGGAAUCAGUCUGGAGGCUUUGGCGGCGUCGUCGGCGGCUCUUCAAUUGAGACUGGAACGAAGCUCUACAUCUCUAACUUAGAUUAUGGUGUCUCUAACGAGGAUAUCAAGGAGCUCUUCUCAGAGGUUGGUGACCUUAAGCGUUAUGGGCUUCACUAUGAUAAGAGUGGAAGAUCCAAGGGUACUGCUGAGGUUGUUUUUUCACGGCGUGGUGAUGCCUUGGCUGCUGUCAAGCGUUACAACAAUGUUCAGUUGGAUGGAAAGCUGAUGAAAAUUGAGAUCGUUGGAACAAAUGUUUCUGCUCCAACACCUCCAGUGCCUCUCGCUCCAGUUCAGUUUCCCUUUGCGCCGAAUGGGAUACUUGGGAACUUUAACGAGAACUACAAUGGGAACUUUAAUGGGAACUUCAAUGGAAACUUCAGAGGAAGGGGUGGCUUUAUGGGUCGGCCUCGUGGUGGUUUUGGAGGUGGUAAUUUCCGAGGUGGUAGAGGAGGUAGGGGAGGUAGAGGAGGCGGUGGUCGUGGCAAUGGAAGAGGACGUGAUGAAAAGGUAUCUGCAGAGGAUCUUGAUGCUGAAUUGGACAAGUAUCACAAGGCGGCAGCAAUGGAAACGAGUUGAUAGAAACAACUAAAUCCAUUGCAAGACUACAUGUAUUCCUUUAGGGCAUGAUAAUGCUUUUGUAUGAGUAUGAGAUUUAGAUUGAUAUCAAUGGUUUGACUUUGACACUAUCUGUGUGUUUAGCUAUAUUAUUUUUCUUCUCUU